UCGCCUUCGCCUUCGCCGCCAUUUCUGCGAGGAAGGAAGAAGAGAAGGAAGAAGGCGGCGAGGGAGCCAUUUUGGUCUCUUCCAACUGGCGAAAUACCGGGAAAUGAGGAUUCUGUGGAGUUACCUUUUGGGUACAGUAAGGAAAUCAGUAAUAUAGGAAGAAGAAGAAAAUCCUCUCAAGGUGAUGGUUCCGCUGAAUACUUGACCUCACUUACAGAUAAGAAAGAAAAAAAGAAGAGCCAAGUAUCUAUAUUGCAAUUCAAUACCCACAAUAUUGUUGACAUGGAGGACAAAGCUUCUAAAGCCCUGCAGUGUGGAAAGUGUUUCACACGGAGGGCUCAUCUGCAGCAACAUGAAAAGAUUCAUACUGGAGAUGAACACUAUGAAUGCAUGGAGUGUGGAAACAACUUCACUCAUAAUUCAAAUCUGCAUCAAAAUAGUCACACUGGGGAGAAACCCUAUACAUGCCUGGAGUGUGGACAGAGCUACACUCGGAUUGCAAAUCUACAUUCACAUGAAAGGACUCACACUGGAGAGAAACCCUAUACAUGCCUGGAGUGUGGAAAAAGCUUUGCUCAGAGUGUGCAUCUACGUUCACAUCAGAGGACCCACACUGGAAAGAAACCCUAUAAAUGCUUAGAGUGUGGACAGAACUUCACUAAUAAUGGAAAUCUACGUAGACAUCAAAGGACUCACACUGGGGAGAAACCCUAUAAAUGCUUGGAGUGUGGACAGAGUUUCACUGAUAGUUCAAGUCUACGUUCACAUCAGAGGACUCACACUGGGGAGAAACCCUAUAAAUGCUUGGAGUGUGGACAGAGUUUCACUGAUAGUUCAAGUCUACGUUUACAUCAGAGGACUCACACUGGGGAGAAACCCUAUAAAUGCUUGGAGUGUGGACUGAGUUACACUCGGAGUGCAAGUCUAUAUUCACAUUUAAGGACUCACACUGGGGAGAAACCUUAUACAUGCCUGGAGUGUGGACAGAGCUUCAUUCUCAGUUCAAGUCUAUAUUCACAUCAAAGGACUCACACUGGGGAGAAACCCUAUAACUGCCUGGAGUGUGGACAGAGCUUCACUCAUAGUUCAACUCUACGUAAACAUCAAAGAACUCACACUGGGGAGAAACCCUAUACAUGCUUGGAGUGUGGACAGAGCUUCACUUUUAAUGGAAAUCUACGUAGACAUCAAAAGAUUCACACUGGGGAGAAGCCCUAUAAAUGCUUGGAGUGUGGACAGAGCUUCAUUGAAAGUUCAACUCUAAGUUCACAUCAAAGGACUCACACUGGGGAGAAACCCUAUAAAUGCUUGGAGUGUGGACAGAGCUUCAUUGAUAGUUCAACUCUAAGUUCACAUCAGAGGACUCACACUGAGGAGAAACCCUAUAAAUGCUUGGAGUGUGGACUGAGCUACAAGCGGAGUUCAGAUCUACUCUCACAUUUAAGGACUCACACUGGAGAGAAACCUUACACAUGCCUGGAGUGUGGACAGAGCUUCACUUGGAGUUCAGGUCUACGAUCACAUCAAAGGACUCACACUGGAGAGAAAUCCUAUACAUGCCUGGAGUGUGGACAGAGCUUCACUCAUAGUUCAAACCUUCAUUCACAUCAAAGGACUCACACUGGGGAGAAACCCUGUAAACCCUAUAAAUGCUCAGAGUGCGGAAAAAGCUACGCCCGGAGUGAAAAUCUACGUUUACAUCAAAGGAUUCACACAGGGGAGAAACCUUAUAAAUGCCUGGAGUGUGGAAAGAGCUUCUCUAUUAAAGGAAGUCUACGUAGACAUCAGAGGACUCACACUGUCCAAGCAGGCACAUCAGAUGUCCUCAGAGACAUCUUCCCGCCUCUCCUAUCCAAUCCAGCCGGCACAGGCCCAGCAGAUCCCAUCCUUCUUGGAAUCUCACCAGGAGAUAAUGUUGGACAGAGAGCUUCAGGAUUUGACACUCAUACCAUGAACCAAGUGCGACAUGAAUCAGGUGCGACACAGGCCUGGGCUGUGGCGCAGGCUGGAGAGCAGACAGUUGCAGCCAGCUGCAAUGAAUCACUCUGACCAGGAGGUCAUGAGUUCGAGGCCCGCUCGGAGCCUAUGUUUGUCUUGUCUUUGUUCUAUGUUAAAGGCAUUGAAUGUUUGCCUAUAUGUGUAAUGUGAUCCGCCCUGAUUCCCCUUCGGGGUGAGAAGGGCGGAAUAUAAAUGCUGUAAAUAAAUAAAUAAACAAACAGCCA